AUGUUCGCCUCAAGCCGGUUGCCCGGCGUCGUCGCCCGUAUGGGCAUGAAGCAGCCCGCUCGUUUGAUGUCAACGGCACAAGGACAGGUUUUCGGUUCGCUCAUCAGCGGUGUCGCUCGCAACCCGGCCAUGAGAGGUCAGCUUUUCUCGUACGCCGUUUUGGGCUUUGCCUUCGCCGAAGCCACCGGCCUGUUCGCCCUGAUGGUUGCUUUCCUCCUCCUCUACGCCUACUAA